CCCAGUUACACAUUCACUCGGGCUUUUUAGUUACAUCAUGUCUAUCUCCAUUGGUGUUCUUGAAUGGUAGUUAAUCCUUAUAAGUGUGAGAUGGAGUCCAACGAAACUGGAAAUACAGAAAUUACUUUCUCCCGCCUGGACCAGGAAGAGUUUUUCCCCAAAGGAACUCUUCCUUGGCCCAGUGCUCAGAUUGCCCGUAUGCCCCACAGAUGGUUCAAAGUCCUGCUGGUCGUACUUUGCUUUGCCCUGCUGUGUGGACUCAUUGCUCUGGGUGUCCUCUAUGUUGAGAAGAAUAACAUGGCUGAUUCCCUGGAGGCCAGAAACAGGAACCUCUCUGCUUCUAUGUUCUCACUGCAACAGGAGCUAGCAGCAAAUGGAGGGUGUAUCUGGACAAGGCACCUUGGACGGGCCUACUACUUUUCCUCUCAGAGAAUGAACUGGACGCAAAGUCGUGAUUACUGCAUCUCAAAGGGGGCAACACUGGUCAUUAUCAAGAGUGAACAGAAACAGAGCUUUUUGCUUGCCAACAUUCGUGAGACCCACUGGAUUGGGCUGAGUGAUCUGGAAACCGAAGGACAGUGGCACUGGGUGGAUGACACACCUAUCAGUCCGACAGAAAUUCAGUUUUGGCACACAAGGCCAAAUGGGGAGCACGAGCCGGAUAACUGGACUGGGGGCGGAGAUCCGACUGGAGAAGACUGUGCAGCCUUGGGUUACUCAGGUGGAAAUCUUGAAGAAUGGUUUGAUGCCUCCUGCACUGUACAAAAAAGAUUUGUGUGUGAAAAAUGAAUUUCAGUUUCAUUUCUCUCAGCUGUGUCUACUUGUCUAUGACUGGUCCUUGAAUUUAGAACAGUUGGGACAAAAUGAUACAGCUGAGGCUAAAAAUUUACAUAUACCUAGGCUAAACACAUUCAAACUUAUUUUUUCACAACUCCACACAUUUCAUGUUACCAUACAUUUCCUGUGUUAAGUCAAUUAGGGUAUCUACUUUGUUUCCAUAAGAGGUCAUUUUUAAAAGUAAUAGCUAAGAGACAGAUUUAUUUCAGCUUUUAUGUACUAUAUCAGAAUUUCAGUAGGUCAAAUGUUUACAUACACUUUGUUAGUAUUUGGUGGCAUUGCCUUUUAAUUGCUUAAUUUGAAUCAAAUGCUUGGGGUAGCCUUCCACAAGCUUCUCACAAUACUGGAAUCUUUGCUCAUUCCUCCUGACAGAACUGGUGUAACUCAGUCAGGUUUGUGGGCCUCCUUGGUUGGACACGCUUUUUCAGUUCAGUGCACACAUUUUCUAUGGGAUUCAGAUGAGGGCUUUGUGAUGGCCGCUCCAAUACUUUCACUGUGUUGUCUUUAAGCCAUUUUGUUACAACUUUGGAGGUAUGCUUAGGAUCAUUGUCCGGCUGGAAUACCCAGUUGCGACCCAGUUUUAACUUUCUAGCUGAUGUCUUGAGGUGUUGCUUCAGUAUUUCUAGAUAAUCAUGAUGCCAUCUAUAAGUGCACCACCACAACAUGUUGCCUCCCCCAUGCUUCACAGUUGGUAUGGUGUUCUUUAGAUUAAAAGCCUCACUCUUUUCCCUCCAUACAUAGCGCUGAUCAUUAUGGCCAAACAAUUAAAUUUUUGGACCAGAGAACACUCCACCAAAAGGCUAGGUCUUCAUCCUGGUGAUCACCUGUAAGCUUCAGUCUGGAUUUUUUAUGCCGGUCUUGGAGUAUGGGCUUCCUCCUUGCGUGACAGCCUUUCAGGCCAUGGGGAUGUAGGAUUAUAUUAAUGGUGGAUGUAGAUACUUGUAGAUACCUGAUGCCUCCAAGUCCUUCACCAGUUUCUUUGAUGUUGUCUUGGGGUUCAGUUGAACCUUUCGGGCCAAAGUUUGUUGAGCCCUGGGAGUUAAUUUGUGCCUCCUUCCUGAACGAUGCAGUGUCUGUGUGGUCCCAACAUUUUUAUAUUUGCAAACAAUUGUUUGCACAGAUGCUUGUGGUACCUUUGGUUGUUUGGAAAUUGCUCCCAAGGAGGAACCGGACUUGUGGAGGUCCACAAUUUUUUUCGGAGGUCUUGACUGGGUUGCUUGGAUCUUCCCAUGGUAUCAAGGGCAAAAUCGUUGUGGCUCUAAAGGUAGGCCCUUAAAUACAGCCACAGGUGCCAAUUAACUCCCAACUAACUCCUAAUUGUGAAAAUAUGCCAAUCAGAAGCAUCUAAAAAAUUAAUUACAUCAAUUUAUGGAAUCUUCCAGACUGUUUAAAGAGACAGUCAACUUGGUGUAUGUAAACUUUUGAUGCACUGGAAUUCUGAUACAGUGAAUUAAAGCUGAAAUAAACCCGUCUCUGAUUUAAAAAUACCUUUACCUACCUUCCUAUUUGACUUGCCAAAAGAAAUGUAUGGUAACAUGAAAUGUGCGGAGUUGUGAAAAACUGUUUGAAUAUCUUAGCCUAGGUGCAUCUUUUGGCCUCAACUGUAUGUGUGACCGAAGAGCCACAAACAAAUAUUUAGCUGAGCAGAAAAACCUGAGAAACACUAAUCAACUAACUGCAUACUACCACUUGAUAGGAACUGCUUUAUUUAAGAUAUGUAUUUUAAUUUAAUAAAAUUUUAAAAUGUAUAAUUGCAGAAGCUGUGUUAGCCACCUCUCUAGAGACAAUGCUGCUAUCUAGGACAAUUUAAUGUUGCAAUUAGCCAAUACAUCACAUGCUAAUUCUGUUUUAUUUAAGAUAUGCAUUUUCUUAUUGUUUAAUUGAUCAUUGCAGAAGCUGUAUUAACUGCCUUUCUAGAGACAACACUGCUAUCUAAGAUGAUUUCAUGUGAUCAUUUCCUGGUACAUUGCAUCCUAUUUCACUGAUACACAUAAUUUAUUUUUGAUUAAAUUUAAGAUAAAUGUA